AUUUUUGAUGAGGAAGCAAUGGAAGCAACUGGUUAGGAAUUUUAUGUAGUUCACAGAAUAUUACACCAUGACGUAUAUUUUUGGUUUGAUGUUGUUUGUUGGAAUGGUUUCAUCAUUGGCAAUCGCACAAAUGUCUAGUCCACAACUAACAGUAGACAGCUAUCCGACAUACGAUAUACAGUCCUCAACAGACCUCAAUCCAACGACCGCUUUGGAGACAUCCACACUAUCAGAUGAAAAUGAUGAUCAAGAUUGUAUUUGCACACCUUAUCAUAUGUGCAAAAGCCAUGUACCGGACUAUGAAGGCCACGCACUCAUUAAUAUAAGAAUAAACGUAGCUCCGUGUCAAAGUUAUUUGGAUAUUUGUUGCAAUGAUUCAAAAAUCACUUCAACUCAAAACUCUAGCUCCGAAGAUUAUAGUAAAGAACCUAGUAUUGACCAAAUAGCUAUUACUAAUAACCCAUCUGAUGGUCAAACAGAUAAUUCUACUAUGAAACCGUCAGACUACCAAAAAGAAGAAACUACUAAUGAUCCAUUUGUUGAUCAAAAAGGAGAUUUUACUAAAGAGCCAAAUGUUAGCCAUAAUGAAGAUAACAAUAAAAAUCCACCUGAAAGCGAAAUAAAUAAUUCUACUGAGAAUUCAUCUGACGGCCCAACAGAUAAUUCUACUAAAAAUCAGUCUGACGGCCAUAAAGAAGAAAAUAUUAAAGAACCAUUCAUUGAUCAAAAACAAGAUUUUACUAAAGAGCCAAAUGUUAGUUAUAAUGAAGAUAACAAUAAAAAUCCAUCUGAAAGCCAAACAGAUGAUUCUGCUAAGAAUCCGUCGGAUGACCCAAAAGAAUAUGUUAAAGAACCUUGCGUUUGCCCAACAGAUGGUACUUCUAACCAGCCGUUUGAAAGCCAAACUGAGCAUCUUACUAAAGAUCCGAUCGUAGAUCAUUCAAAUGUAGUGACGGACAAAUCGACUACUCUUGAACAUAUUAUUACGACAGAACCCGACAAAACCUCUAAUAAUCCAACAUCAGUUGACCAACGUCAAUGUGGUACUUGGAAUAAAAAUGGAAUUGGUUUCAAAAUUGGAGAUGCAAUCGAUAAUGAAUCGGAGUUUGGUGAAUUUCCAUCAAUGGUGGCAAUAUUCAAAGAAAAAUUAUCUAAAGACGGAGAAAAAAAACUCGUGUUGCAUUGCGGGGGUUCAUUAAUCGAGAAAGACGUCAUUUUAACAGCCGCUCAUUGCGUGAUAAAGGAAGAUAUCUUGACUUUGGUCGUUCGUGCAGGUGAAUGGGACUUAAAAACAGAAAAAGAAAUACUUCACCAUCAAGAUCGUAGAGUAUCCAAAAUUGUCACUCAUCCCGAUUAUAGCGCCAAUGGAAUUUAUAAUGAUGUGGCCUUAAUUUUUACCGUAGACUCAUUUUCUUUACAAGAAAACAUCCAACCUAUAUGUUUACCUGCCACAAAUGAUAUUUUUAUAAAUGAUAAGUGUUACUCAAGUGGUUGGGGUAAAACUGUUUUUUAUAAUAACUACACAAUUGUUAAGAAAACAGAAUCGGGAAAAACUAGAGAAACUGGCCAAUACGAAGUCAGUAUAUUGAAAAAGGUUGAUCUUCCAAUUGUUCCUCGGACGCUCUGCAUGGACGCUCUUAGGGCCACAAGACUUGGACCAAAAUUCGUAUUGCACGAUAGUUUCAUAUGUGCUGGUGGUCAAGAAGGGAAAGAUACGUGUAAAGGCGAUGGCGGCAGUCCAUUAAUGUGUCCAUACAAAGAUGAGCCAGAUCGUUUAGUUCAAGUUGGUAUCGUGGCUUGGGGUAUCAGUUGCGGUUUGGCAGAUAUACCUGCAGCUUAUGUUAACGUUGCCGGUUUCGUGUAUUGGAUUAAAAAUGAAAUAGAAAAGGGCCAUUAAAAUUUCUGUUUAAAGAUAAUGUGUAUGUAAUUUAAAACCUACAUACAUACUAACGUUUUCAAAUGAAUCUUUAUGGGCAUAUUAAUUUAUUUUAUAUCAAGUCUAUUUAUACGAUUUUAUACGUACAUAACUGCUAUUUUAGUUAUAAUAGCAUUGAUAAGUUCAAAUCAUAGAAACCAUAAUUACCAUUGUAAGUUUGUAACGAUAAUAGUUAUCAUUAUAAUAAUUAUUGCUUGAAAUAUAAUGCAUAUAAACGGCUGCAUCCUAGUCCCAAAUUUCCCAUCAUUUCCCAACAUCCCGUAUUUAAAAUUGCUACACUAGUUGGGUCCUGAAUUAUUUUAGGUACUACACUAGUUGGGUCCCAGAUUUUUAUAGGUACUAUACUAGUUGGGUCCCGGAUUUUUAUAGGUACUACACUAGUUUGAUCCUGAAUUAUUUUUGCUAUAACAUGAGUUCUUGAAUAUUUUUUGGUAAAUACUACACUAUAUUAACAUUUUCCUUCCCAUAUUAACAGACUUAGGACUG